UUCAAAACAUUUGAGAAAACCGUUGAGUGUUGUAAAUAUUGAAUAUUUUUGUGUUUUUGUUAUGGUUACAAUGGAGUUAACCCCAAAUAGAGGGAAAGGAAGAAGGAGAACUUUGAACAAAUUACUUGAUACAUCAAUAACAUCAGAAACAGCCAAUGAUGAAUCUGAAAGAACUUCAAGGCGUAGCAUCAUCGAAGUACAAAAAAAAACACAAGAGCCUCAAAGUCCCUCCCUAAAUGAAUCUGUUAGAUUUAGCGGAGAGCAAGAAAUGAAAGAUCACCUUCAAAUAUGCACAAAGCUAUUCUCUGAAAAUAAAAUUACAAUCGGUGUAGCUUGGCAGCUUCAUAUUAUUGAUUUGUUGGGGAUUAUGUCCAAAAAAGGAGAUAAUAAUAUACUACAAGUAGCAAGUACCUCUUUAGAUAUUGGUGCAAAGGUAUAUGGUCUAAGAGUAGAUGAUCUACACGCUGAAAGUUUAAGAUUAGCUAAUUCUAUGGCACGUUUCGCAGAAAAAAAUCAAGUUGAAGAAAAAGAUAAUAUAGCUGAGAGUGAUGAAGAGGUAGCGGACAAAGAUGGGAAGCCAGUUAAAAAAAAAAGGAAAAGAUAUAACCGAGGUGCAAGAAAUGCUAUUGCAAAAGAUCGAAGCACUUUGUUGGGUGAAAUUCCCCAAUUGGAUUCUGUAUUUUUCUCAAAUAGAAUUGAUUCAACCCUGAGUAUGGUGGAUAAUUUGUUCACCAACAGUUUACCAAUGGACAAAUCUUGUUACAAAUUAUUGGCUUUAGGAGGGGAUAAGGCAUGGAUAACAGGACCAGAUGAAGCUGCGGAGAGUCUUGGAAAGGGAAAAAAUAGUUUUGAUAUAGAUCUUCUUCCUAGGGAUGGCCAAAUUUGCAUACCAUUCCAAAACUUUGUCUUGAACGAAGAAGAACCUAGCCACGAAGAAAAAUUGAUAGACGAUUUGGUUGUUUACGAUAAUGAAGGAAUUCCAGUGGCCGAAUUAGAUGGCUCCAUACACGAUGUGUUCAAGGAUAAUGAUUUCGGGGGACAAGAAUAUGAUGAUGAUUGUAUGAUUUCGGAAGAUAUCAUGGCUCAUCAAUUGCAACACGAUGUACCUCAUAUUGUGGACUUGCUGAGUUCAGGGACCGAAAUCAAGAGAUCCGAAUAUUCGUACAACGGUGUCAUUAGUCUUGGGAACGGAAAGGUAAUUGAUCAGAUAUGGGCCGGACCCAGCCAUUGGAAGCUCAAAUGUAUAAAAAGAAAUAAACCAACGUUCACAGGUAGAAUGGAGGAGGCUCAAUCGAUGGCCAAGCCGCGAAAAAAGUUAAAACGCAAUGAACCACAACCGCUCGUUUUUACAAAAGUUGAUGAUUUAUCUAAAAUUUUAGAAAGCAUGGGAAAAGUUAAGAUCAAGAGAAAGCUCUAUCCUGCCAAUAAAAUUACUCUUCCAUUGCCUGAUGCGUCCACCCACAUGGAAAAUAUGUUUGAACUGAUGAUCAAGCCCGGAACCGUAUGCAUGCCCAAGAGCAACUCAACAGUCGGCAUGAAAAAUACUCAAGAUGAUUUCAAUGGCAUGAACCAUUUCGAUAAAGAAAAUAAUGAAAUGGAGUUUGAUGAUGGGAUGGAUGUUAUGGAUAAUGAUCCAGGUAACGAUAUACAAGAAGAAGAAGAGGCCUUACAUAGGGAACAGAAUUUGAUGGGAGACAACCUAGUAGAUGCACCAGAAGCUGUUCCAAAAGUGUAUAUUCCAUAUGCGUUACAAGCCAAAAAGAUGGAUAUGAAAAAACUAAAGGGAUUUGUAUGGCAAAUUUUAACCCAAAAACAAGAGCAAGAAAAUGAAAUCAACCCAACGACAUUCUCAACAAUUUUCCGUGAUAUACCUCACAUCUUACCUCAAGCUAUGAAAAAAGAACUAACGUGUUCCCUUGUCUUCUCUGCCCUUCUUCAUUUGUGCAAUGAAAAAUACCUCAAGUUGACACAAGUGUCAGGCUGUAAGGAUUUUACCAUCGAAUCUUGCUGAAUUAUUUUUGUAAUUUGUUAGUUAAGAUAUAUAUUUUUUUAUUGUAUAUUCAAAUAAAUCUUUUUUAUUGAAA